GGACUUUCGAUUUUCUUCCUGCAGCCCCAAUGCCCCUCCCCCUCAGUCGCGUUGCAACCUCCCUCUUCAGACAAUACAGACCACAUCUGUCUUGCUCAUCUGUCAACAGUACACCCUGGGCAACACAACUCACACACCCAAAGACUUCAUUUUUUCGCCGCUCAUUCUACGGACACGUCAGUGAUCAAAAAAUGGCACCACAGCUUGAGCCCUUCUUCCAGAAGGUCGAUGACCUCUCAGGCUCAUUCAUCGAUCGGCUGCGAAAGGCUGUUGCAAUCCCGUCCAUCUCGGCGCAGGAUGAGAACCGACCGGAUGUGUUCAAGAUGGGCCAAUUUCUCGCCUCGGAACUCGAAGCUCUUGGAGCUGAAGUGGAACAAAGGCCGCUAGGCAAGCAGCCUGGAAAGGAGCACCUUGAUCUCCCUCCUGUUAUCCUUGCUCGGUAUGGUAAUGAUAAGAACAAGCGGACGAUCUUGGUAUACGGUCAUUAUGACGUACAGCCUGCCUUGAAAGAAGACGGUUGGGCUACUGAGCCUUUCGACCUGACGGUCGACGCUCAAGGAAGAAUGUUUGGCCGUGGAAGCACUGACGACAAAGGGCCUGUCUUGGGCUGGUUGAACGUGAUUGAGGCCCACAAAAAGGCAGGUGUUGAGUUCCCUGUGAACCUCCUUUGCUGUUUUGAAGGCAUGGAAGAAUACGGCUCGGAGGGCCUCGAAGAUCUGAUCCAAGCCGAGGGCAAGAAGUUCUUCAAGGACGCAGACGCCGUAUGCAUCUCUGAUAAUUACUGGCUUGGAACGGAAAAGCCCUGCUUGACAUAUGGCUUGCGAGGUUGCAACUAUUACUCAAUCAGUAUCUCCGGUCCUGCUCAGGAUUUACAUAGCGGUGUGUUCGGCGGUUCGGCCCAUGAGCCAAUGACGGAUCUGGUCAACGUCCUUUCGAAGCUUGUUGACGUCCAGGGAAACAUCAUGAUUCCUGGCCUCAUGGAUCUCGUCGCGCCUGUGACCGAGGAAGAAAAAUCACUGUACGGUGAUAUCAGCUACAGCAUGGAAAACCUUCACGAGUCGCUUGGCAGCGAGACUAGCAUCCAUCCCACAAAGGAACGAACUCUUAUGGCCAGGUGGCGGUACCCCUCGCUUUCAAUCCACGGUGUUGAAGGCGCCUACUCCGCCCCGGGUGCUAAGACGGUCAUUCCAGCGAAGGUUAUUGGCAAGUUCUCCAUCCGUACUGUUCCUAACAUGGAGAGCGAACAAGUGAGCAAGCUCGUUUUCGACUACAUCAAGGCAGAGUUUGCCAAGCUCAAUAGCAAAAACACUAUGAACGUGUGGCUUCAGCAUGACGGCAAGUGGUGGGUUUCCAGCCCGAAGCACUGGAACUUCACGGCUGCAAGCAAAGCUGUAACCCAGGUUUUCGGAGUCGAGCCCGACAUGACUAGAGAAGGUGGCAGUAUUCCUGUUACUCUGAGCUUCGAACAGGCUACCGGGAAGAAUGUCCUUCUUCUGCCCAUGGGAAGCUCAACCGAUGCCGCCCAUUCUGUCAAUGAGAAACUUGACAAGAGAAACUACAUUGAAGGUACCAAAUUGCUCGGCGCUUAUUUGCACUAUGUGUCCGAGGAGCCUAUCAACGCUUAAGCAGCAGCUUAUCGCGAAUUUGCCUCACAUGUUGAUUCAUAUAUACUUUAUAUCUUGAAUGUUACUAGUGAAUGUCCGCGUGAUCCAACAAAGAUUCGAG